AUGAAGACUGUUCUUCCCUGGGCGCUUCUCGCGCUCACUCAAGUGACGUCGGGAUGUCUUCUUCCUCAUGAGCGGGACGAGACAGUGAUGAAGCCAGUCGUCCGCCGCCAGGGCAGCAAUGGAGCUCCGAUUGGAACAGGCGACAGGUUUAAGAGCGGCUCAACUGCACCCAGAGGACUGGGCACUCAGUCCUCAUCUACUUCUUUCAGCACCAUUCUCAACGUCAAUGAGAUCAAGAGUGGCCUACAGGGUCUCGUCAAUACUUAUGGAAUCCAAACAUUCAACACCCCAUAUAAGACAGCGCAGGGAGCCACCGUUAUUGGGGCCCAAAUUGGUGGCAACGGUACUUGCUCCAAUGCCUAUCGCACAUUCAUCAACGGCAACAUCCAUGCGCGAGAGCGUGGAUCCGCGGACAGCGUACUCUACUUCGCUGCCGACCUGCUGUACGCCAACCAGAACAACGUUGGUCUGACGUACGGCUCCAAGUCGUACACCAACGCACAGGUCAAAGAGGCCCUAUCUACAGGACUCGUCUUCAUCCCACUCAGCAAUCCUGAUGGCGUGGCCUAUGACCAGUCAACCAACAGCUGCUGGCGAAAGAACCGCAACUCCAACUCGGGAGGAGUCGAUCUGAACCGCAAUUUCGAUUUCCUUUGGGAUUUCACCCGCCUGUUCUCCUCAUCAGUGCAAUCAAGCGUUGCCUCAACGUCUCCCAACUCUGAGACUUACCAUGGAACCAGCGCUUUCUCAGAGGCUGAGACCAAGAACAUCAAGUGGGUGUUUGACACAUACUCCAAGAUCCGCUGGUUUAUCGACCUUCACUCCUAUGCGGGUGAUGUGCUCUGGAACUGGGGCAGCGACGAGAACCAGUCCCAGUACUCGUCCAUGAACUUCCUCAACAGUUCUUACAGCAGCGUCCGUGGCAUUCUCACAGACACUCCCAGCCCCGGCAGAGGCUACGGCGAAUACGUUCCCCAGGCUGAACUCAACGACAAGAUCACCGCGGCUAACCGCAUUGCUUCUGGAUUGACCGGAGGCGGCGGCCGCAGCUAUGACGCUUUCCAGUCAGCCAAUCUGUAUCCCACGUCGGGCGCCAGCGACGAUUAUGCUUACUCGCGACACUUUGCCGACUCUUCCAAGAACCUGGUUCACUCCUUCACAGUGGAGUUUGGCUUCCCCAACAAUGCCGCGUCUUGCCCGUUCUACCCAACCGUAUCUCAGUACAACUCCAACCUUCGUGCAACCAGUGCUGGAUUCAUGGAGUUUUUGUUGGCAGCUAGCGACCUUGGGCUGGGAGAUGCAACGAGCUGUUAA